AUGACCCCUCCAUCUAAACUACCUUCAUUCGACCAGCUCCCCUUGAACGACGGUGAUCCACCUUACUCCGCCUGGGGACUCUGGGGAGAAGACAGUGCCUUGGGUUCGCUCAACUACCUGACAGACGAGCUGGUCGCAAAAGCAGUACAAGAGGUCAAGACGGGAGAGCGUGUAGCCCUCAAUCUACCCCUGGACUUCUUCAACCCACCAUUGCUCGGCCGCGCGGGGUUCGAGCAAAAGGUCAUUGACAAGAACCCUCUCGUGGUCAAUGACGAUGUGAUUACCUUCAACACACAGGGAAGCUCCCAAUGGGACAGUUUUCGACAUUUCGCCUACCAAGCGGAUAAGAAGUUCUACAACGGCACUACUCAAGAUGAGAUCCACGCAUCUGGCCGCACUGCUAUCAAUGGACUACAGGCCUGGUGCUCCCGCGGUCUUGCCGGGAGGGGCGUGCUGGUCGACUACGCCUCGUACGCACGUCGACACGGCAUAGAAAUCAACCACUUCUCCGGGCACGCUAUCACAUUGAAGGAUCUACUCGCCGUAGCGGCAGAGCAAGACGUUGAGUUUCGUACAGGCGACGUGCUAUUCCUACGCACCGGGUACGUCGCAGCCUACCAGGAGCUCGACUCUGCGGGACGCGAACGAGUAGCCCAAGUGCGCGAGUGGUGUGGUCUGGGUCAAUCACGCGAGACGACUGAAUGGCUGUGGGAGAGACAGUUUGCAGCUGUCGCGAGUGAUUCACCUGGGUUCGAGGUUCGGCCACCCGUCGAGAAGCAGUGGCACCUCCACCCUAUUCUCCUGGCCGGAUGGGGGACUCCGUUGGGGGAGCUGUUUGACUUGGAGGCACUGGCAGCCAUCUGUGCCAGGACUCAGCGCUGGUCGUUCUUCUUCACUUCAUCGCCGCUGAACUACAUGGGCGCGGUCGCUUCGCCACCGAAUGCGAUGGCCAUUCUCUAA